AUGGAAGUAUCAGAGGAAAAUGAAGCUGCCCACAAGAAAAAUCUAUCAAAAAAGAUAAGCAAAAAUGCAAAGAGGUUUAGUGAUGCGCAAAUAAAGUCAUUAGAAUCCAUAUUCAAGCUAAGCAACAAGCUUGAACCAAGUAAGAAACUACAAAUAGCUAGAGAUCUCGGGCUGCAGCCGCGCCAGGUAGCUAUUUGGUUUCAGAACAAAAGGGCGAGAUGGAAGUCGAAGCAAAUCGAGCAAGAUUACAAAGUGCUCAAAGCCAAUUAUGACAAUUUAUACGCGCAGUCCGAAUCUUUGAUGAGGGAAAAACAGUCUUUACAAAUGCAGUUACAACAGCUAAAGAAUCUACUAGAGAACUCCCAUGAUGAAAAUGUUGAAUACAAAGAAAUACCGUGUUGCCCUAAUUCCGAACGAAAGGACCCCAAUGGAGUUAUACAUGCAGAUGAUGAGGAAAAAAUCAGCAACCAUUUAGGGCAGGAAGAAGGAGACAGUUCGCCAUUGGCAUCAACUGAAACAUGGUGCAAUCUUUGCUCUGAUGCCCUAUUUGAUCAGUCAUGUGACACUUCCAAUUGGUGGGAGAAUGUAUAA